CGAGCCGCUCCAACGAGAGUUACAACGAGAUCGUGACGUCAUAUUUACACAAGACGGAUCCCUUCUAGCCAUAACCGUUUUGCACGGCUCUCAUACACUUUAUCCAUUUGUUAAUUAUCCGUAAGUCAUGUCGCUGCAUUGUUCAUGAGGGAAAAUAUGCAUGUGAAGUUGUUUUAAAGGAAGACUUGCUUGCAUUUGCAGUGUGUAUCUGGAUGUUGAGUGUGCGGGCUCUGUUUGGGAUCGGAUUCCUGGUGACCUCACGGGCCCCGGCAGUCCUCUGUCAGAAAUGCCCGCUGCCCACUGCAGCUAACAACCACAAGAAGGGCUGUUUCAGCAGCAAAGAGACCUCCACCAUGGCCCAGACCCUCAAAUACCUUGGGCAGGAGGAGGCGCAGCACAUCGAUGAGGAGCUCUUCAGUGAGUACGGCUUCAGCGUGGAUCAGCUGAUGGAGCUGGCUGGACUCAGCUGUGCCACAGCCAUCGCCAGGGCCUAUCCAAUCAGCUCCCUGGUGAAGGCCACACCGUCCCUGCUGGUGAUUUGUGGACCUGGGAACAACGGAGGCGACGGCCUGGUCUGCGCCCGACACCUUAAACUCUUUGGUUACGAGCCCACCAUCCUGUACCCGAAGAGGCCAAGCAAGCCUCUGUUUCAGGGUCUUACCACGCAGUGCCAGAAGAUGGAGAUCCCCUUCCUGACGGAGAUGCCAAAGGCUAAAUUCAUUGACGAGGCUUACAACCUGGUGAUAGACGCCAUCUUCGGCUUCAGCUUUAAGGGGGCUGUUCGAGAGCCUUUUGGUUCCAUCCUGGACGUGCUGAAGAAGACCACCUCCCCCAUCGCCAGCAUCGACAUCCCCUCAGUGCUUGCUCUUAAACCCUGCUCCUAA